UUCCCGCUAGCUUCUCCUCAUCCUGGUCCUUAUCUGAGAUCUUACUCGAUCGCUCGUCUGAUCUGUCCUAAUCUGAAUUAUCGAUAUUAUUCACCCCGCCUACAUAUUCAGACACCAGAACAAUUCUCUGCGUUUUUUUUCUUGACAGCAUUCUUUGCUACAACUCUUUAGUCCCGCGAACCGUCCAAUCAUGAAGGCGGUUCUUCAGCGCGUCAAAUCCGCCUCGGUCACCGUCGACGACCAGCUGGUUUCCUCGAUCGGUCGAGGAAUAUUGGUCUUGGCAGGUGUGGGGAAGGAAGACACGGAAAAGGAUGCCGAUACGAUGGUCGGGCGCAUAUUGAAGGCCAAACUAUGGCCGGCAGAGGAGGGAGGACAAUGGAAGAAGAACGUGCAGGACAUUGAGGGAGAGGUGCUCUGUGUGUCACAAUUUACACUCUACGGCAAUUUGAAAAAGAACAAGCCCGACUUCCAUGGCGCUGCCGACGUCGAGACCGCUCGCCGACUAUACGACUAUUUCUUCCAGAAGCUGCGAGCAGGCUACAAAGCCGAGCGGGUGCACAACGGCGUGUUUCAGGCCAUGAUGGAUGUCGAACUCCGAAACGAUGGGCCGGUGGGUGUGAAUUACCGCAGUCACGAUGCGGCGGUGACGAUCGAAGUCAACACGCAAUUGCCGAAGAAGGAGAAAACGGAG